AUGGAGGAAUGUGAUUUAAUUGCGAGCUCUGACCUCGGGACCCACAUUGACGCCCCGUUCCUACCUUACUGGGCCCGCUCAAGCGCGCUCGCUCAAGACUUGUUGGAGUAUUCUGACGAGCCUAUCGAAUACGAUCACGACGACCAGGAUUACAGUGACAACUGUUUCUUCUUUCCAGAAGACUGCUCUUGGACUCCUCCCAAGGACCAGACCGUCAAGGUUGUCCCAGAGCUUAUCUUUCCGGCACCCAUCGAGUCUGCACCCGACAGCAUGAUUCCCGGUCUUCCAGAUAUCAAGAUGCUGGACUCGGAGGCGCUGAGUGACCUUUUGGAGGAUAACCUUUCUCCGCCUGAGAUUACCAGUAUCUUCAUCUACCCCCUCUUCAACCAUGCGCAAUCACUAAUACCAAAGCUUCUGUCUAGUGUGUUCGCUACCAACGGCGCCGUCUUCGCCUAUGCCUCCUCCCUUUCCACCCGACAGCUGCGCAACCUUAGCGCAACAUAUGGAGCCGCAUAUACCUGUUACGCCAAGACCGCAUCAACCGGAAACCUGACUGGCGUGAACCCGGCCAGUCACCCUUCGUCCUACGUUACUGCACAAUCAAUGUCGCUGGGAGAUGUCGGCUCGAUUGUCUUUGAGCUGGAAGACUCCGUUGCGGUCGUCACUCGAAUCGGCGAUAAGCUCCUCCUGGCAGCAGUGGGACCCGGUAAACCAGAGGCCGCAGCCAGCGGCAUCGAUCCAGACUACCUUGGCAUCGAGGGCAUCUCCGCCGACGCGAAUGGGGCCACAUCUGAUGCGACUGCAGGUGAUGGACGUGUAUCUGUGGCUGCUCCCGUCUCAAACACUCUUUCCAAUGGCAACCUCGAUACUCAAGUUGAGAUUGACCGCAGUGCCGAUCUCGCGCGGUUGGCUAGCUUGAACCUCUCAGCUCCUCCUUCGGUAUUGCUUGCUCUGGAGUCAAAAUGUGCUGCUUUGGGUCGGUUCCUCGGAGCGAAGCUGGACGACCUGGAGAGCCCGGAGGAUUUCUGA